UCAGCUGUGUGCCAUCUCUAGCUGUAAAAAUGUCAGCGGCACGUUUAUACGGAGGUUUUCGCCUAUUUUCCUCAAGCGCCGUGCAGCGCAAUGCCGUCGGUGGCAAGAGCCUGGUGGAGGCCGUGGCGGUGACCAGGAGUGGCCGCACCAUUGUGGCUUGGCACCCGGACACGCCCCAUCCCUACGAGAACACCCAGCCGCUGCCGAAGAUCGCUGAGAUUCAGAGCUCGGCGGUGGUCAAGGAAUCGGCGCUGAAGACGGCGAUGCAGGCCUUCAAGAGCAAGCAUCCCGAGGUGGCGCGCCAGGAGCUGAUGCAGCUGACGCACACGACCAAGCACCGGUGGUUUCCACGUGCCCGCGACAGGAAGGCCAAGCAGACGCCGAUGGACCGGCCGUAUCUGUAGCUUUCCCCAACCAGUGCAUUGCAUAAUGUUCAAAUAAAUUCGUUCUCGUUUAAUCCAUA